GAAUAGGAUCUUUACCAAUAGGUAUAAAGAUGACUCUCACUCUCGCUCGAAGAUUUUGUGUCGUGUUACCAUCCAGCAAGAUGAUGUUCCUUAUAUCUGGACCUCUGGACGUCUGUGCGACUUCAAAGGUUGCGAAAACCGUCCUGAUCUCGAACCCAAAAACAUCUACGGAUGGUUCUGGUCCGCCAAUAGGGAGAAGUUGGCCCCAACCAGUCAAGUGCCCCCCAGCUUUGGCUACAACCCCUGGUCUUCCACCGGCCACAAGAAGCAAAAGCAACCCGACAACGCCGAAUUUGAUAUCAAUGGUACCACUGAAUCGUGUCUAGCUGUGCUCAACAACGUGUACAAUGAUGGUAUCGCUUGGCACGACGUCGCCUGCUACCAUGAGAAGCCUGUCGUCUGCGAAGAUUCCGAUGAGCUUCUCAACUACGUCCGGUCAACGAAUCCGGCCCUUCGUUUGUAGAUUUGCAUGGUUAAGCAGAGGAGUUUUCAUUUAUUUAUUUUUAGUCCGGGUUUAAACGACUAAUCAACUGGGGUCUAGGUAAUUCUUUCAUAACUGCCAUUUAGCAAAGCUGCCACCCUAAUUUGGGGUCCUUGGUAUAGUUCAAAUUCUUAUUGCACAUACUUUUGUAAGUACUUGAUUUUUUAUUGUGUUAAAAUGCAUAUUGCAGAUUAGUUUGCAAACCACUCAUUCUGUGAAAAUGUACCUUCCCAACUGUUUUUUUUAUUAUAAUUUAUUUGCCCGA